UGCUUUUAUUCAAGCGUGGUGACUGAAUCACUUAAAAAUCGCUAAGCGUUUAGACAAACUGGUGUUUGACGCGCACGCUCACUGAGCGCAAUAUUGGCGGGUAAGUGGAGGCGCGUGGCGCGCUCUUGAGGCAUGACGUAAUGAAAGUGACAAGUUGAGCCACAUUACCUAACAGCUUGGAUUGCGAGGGUGACCAAACCGGACCGGCACAAGAGUGUCGAUUUUCUAAAAGUUUGGAUUUUUCCCGUCCGAUUCUCUGGCCUUGGAUUCUUCAAGAAAGGCUAUGAAGGCUGCAACAGGCCUGCUCAGGCUGACUUUAGGCCUCGCUUUGUUUGUAUUAGCGCACUGUUCACCUAUGCCGCGCAAACCACAUAUACUUCAGAAGCGUGACAACAUUUUGAGCUACUACUGGGAUCAAAAACUACCCCUCGGGUUUUUUGUCAACGGUCAAGGUGGUUUGAUGGGACCUCCGGGACCUCCUGGACCUCCCGGGACCCCCGGUUACGUCAUGGGUGGAAGUGGAAGUGGAAGUGGUGACGCCGUUGCUCGUGGAGGAAUUCCUGGGCCUCGUGGUCCCCCGGGACCACCCGGACCUCCCGGACCUGGAAAUGCUCUUGCUGGUCCUCAGGAAACCAUCACGUGCGAGGGGGAGAAGGAAUGGAUCGAGUGCCCGCAGUACAAAGUUAUCAAAAUCAAUUCUGCUUUCUGGGGACGUGACGAUACCGCCACGUGUACCACGAAUGGCGUUCAACACGGACUCAGCACCUCCGACAUGUGCCCUCAAGACGAAUCGAACUCUAUGACCAAAGUGGAAGGACAGUGUAAAGACGAACAAGCCUGUGAGCUGGCAGCCACAUCUACUUUCUUUGACAAGACCGAUUGUGGACAGGUCUAUAAGUAUCUCCGUGUCAACUACGAGUGUCUACCUAGCGAGUCAAGAGUGAAAGCAGCUAUUCAAAGAUCAAGAAUAGCCGGUUAAUUUGAUUCUCUGUGUGACUGACAUAGCUUCUAUCACGUGAUAAGCUACGAAACGUUUUUACCGCCUAAUAUGGUUAGGCUGUCCGAAGCAUCCGGGACUUCAUCGUCAACCAGCUUACUUGGUAACCGCUUGAUCGUCUGUCGGGGAAAACUUCAUCUGACGGCACAAAUCAUGUUUCUCUACAUCACGUGUUGACCUUACUCUGAACACUUACGAAGGACUGGAGAAAAAAAGUUGGCAGCGAAUUAACAUACCACGUCAUGUUAGACGGUGAAAAACGUUUUGCUUGAGAUAAAGGAUAGAUAAAAUAGAAGGAUUCGCUUUUCGUGAUGAGUUUUUCAGAGAACAUUGUGUAAAGCUUUGCUGUAAACUAGGAAAGCACUUCAUUCCAUCACAUUACACAUUAUUUUUAAUUUAAUACCGAAUGUGUAUAUAGUAAUGUUUCUAAAACCUUUGGCGCAUAUUUUACGUGAGCCUCUUGGAUUCCUUGUAAAAAAUUACCAGCGGUUACACGGAUGUAACUAUGCGCACGAUCUAACAGACAUAACUGACAAGUGGACAAACUGACUAGACACAUUAUAACGCGCUGUUAUAGAUUCUGCGCAUGCUCGUAGUAGUUGUGUUAAUCACUGCAGUGGACCUAAAUCAUGCUUGUGUUGCUAUUGAAUAUAAACUCAUGAAAUUUGUGACAGUAAAGCUCUAUGGUCUUUU